UUCUUUCUUGGUUCAUUCCAGGGGCUUUCAGCGAAAUCAAAGUUGAGUGUCGAGGUCAAGAGAGGAGAUUCGCCCUACGGACCUGACUUGUACGGGCCGAUCAAAAUCGGAUCACUCCUGACUUUGGUGCUGAAAUUGAGGGGUUACUCCAAGGAAUACGACAUGAGGGUUGCCAAAUGCUGGGCUGUGGAAGGACCUCCGUUGACAGCGAAGUACAUGAAGUACUUUGGAUACGGACCAAAGUACAGUGCACCAAGAAGCAUAGACAUGACAAACUAUGACUGCUCAACAAGGCCAAAGCUGAUUGGCAACUUUGUGAAUGUUGGGGUCAUGUCUGACUACACUGUGGCAUAUGACUAUAGCCACACCAUAGUGAAGGCUGCGAAUUUGAAGGCUUUCAGGUUCCCACACUCGGACAAUGUGAUCAUCAGGUGUAAAGUCGAUGUCUGCUAUGGCACCUGUUCCCGAUAUUAUGGUGCCUGCAAGCCAGUGAAAUUGUACGAAAACUCAAAAAGUGGAUACGGAAAGUAUUUGGAUUACUUCAAAACGCUUAUUCCAUUGAAUGAAUAUGAGCAGCGUUACUCUGGCAACACUGUGGCAUAUGGAUCAUCAGAUGAUGGAUAUGGUCAACCAUCGCAGUAUAAGACCAGCAGAGAUUCUUAUGGAGCUCAGCCGACUUAUGGAGAAUAUCAGAAAGAAAAGGGAUAUGCCACUCCAACUUACCCAGCACCUGCUCCAGCUCCUUCGCCUGCUCCAAGUUAUCAGCCACCAUAUGAACCACUUUAUUCUGGCGAUUACGUGCCACUUUAUGCUUCUCCGAAUUGGCCGAAUAAUCAGCAGGUUGUCUACCGCACUCCUUCAAUGCCACCAUCACUGCCAUAUCAGCAGCAGUCAAUGAACCCGCGGGAAAUGAAAAGACCAAAAAGGUCCUUCAUUACUGGAAAGGAAUUCCAAGUCGUUCAAAACGUGGAUUCAUUCAUUGUGGAGCAAGUGUUUAGCUUGGAUUCAGCAUUUGGGUCGCAUGGAGAAAUGUUCCAAGACAGAAGAUUCCGUAGAGCACCAGACGGAUCCCCAACAAUCAAAGUAGGAAACUCGACUGAAGUCUGGGCAGACUGCAAAGACUCUCAAGUUACGCUGAAACUGGACGAUGCUCAGGGUUUCCAGGGAAGCAUUUCCCUCAGGUCAAUUGCAGAUGAUGCAGCAGAAGCUUGUGAAGUGGAGAGGCAAAUAGAUGGCGAAGAAGGCUUAGAAAUGUCACUUUCCAGAGACGCAUGUCAGGGAAUGGAUGACAUUUUCAUUGCAAGUGUCACUACCGGAAACGUCACCAAAUCUGAGACAAUCGAUUGCUACACCGAAGAAAUCUUCGUGGGUGAAGAAACUAUUGAAGAAUGAGUCAUUCAGCCAAACAAUCCACAACCAUUUUUCAAUUUUUUUNGAUUGAUUUUCAGGGAACAUAAGGUGCAAUUUUACAUGCUUUUGAAGGAGAAUUCUAAAAUGAUCCGAAUAACUACUUUCCCACCAAACAUUUUGCAUUUCCAACAAUAAUUCUUGUAAAAAUUUUUGUAGAUGAUCUAUAGUCCCACUCAAAAGUUAAGGAUGAAAAAAU